AUUUAGACAUUUGCGUGCCGCUGGCAAGACGCACGCCAACCGGCCCGAAUCAACGAACAAUGCGGUCACUAUGAAAGUGAAGUAACAAAAAAAAGAACAUUUAAACGUAUUUUGUACAGGCUGCUUAACGAAUCGGCUCAGUCAGUUAUCUUUCUUGGCUUCUCGAAAUUCGAACUGUUGCAAGGUUGGGCGGCACUAUGAUUUUGUUCCGGAGAGUGGAUGCAUCCACAGCCGUGCUGCCCCUCGCACUGCUUGUGUGCUCGUGGCUGACGUUGUGCGGCGCCAGGACGGAGGACGCGAGCACUUUCAUCGCGUCUACCGAGGAGCCGGAAGUUAAGUAUUUGGAUACGCUCAAGCAGUGGAUCGCCAGCGCCAUGGACCGGGCACCGCGCGGCCUCAUGCGCAAGGUAUUGGCCGCGGACAUCUCGGUCCAAUGCAGCCUCGGUCUCGUCAAGCUGGUGCGUGGGAUCCGCAACCUGGAACCGUGGGUUCUCAGACUGUUGGAUGCGACGGGCAAGUACCCCACCGGCGUUCUCCAGGUUUCGCGAACGGACCUGGGCGCCUUUGACGAGUGCGUCGAAACCGUGGUGCUAAACGACUUUGGGCACGAGACAGUACGCGGCCAGUAUUGCAACCUGCAGCUUUACUCAGGGAACAGGAGCGACCUGGACGACCGAAUCAUGGCAGCCAUUGCUCUUAGGCACCCCAGGAUCGGAAGAUUCAAAGCGCAUGCUAAGGAGCGGCGAAUCCCAUUCGCGCGCAUUGGAAUUUGCGUGAUGAGCGCCUGCAAUGAACGAGAAAUGGAGGCACUCAUGAGAGCAGUGCUUCCUCCCGGAAUACAUGUCACCAUAUCGGAUUGCGUAACAGAAAUUUCUCCUGGCUGGACAAGAACGCAACUUGUCAUCGUCGCAUUUAUUGCUUUUCUAACGGCUAUGAUUGCGAUUGGCACAGCCGCAGAUGUCCGCAGUACAAGAACCUUUCAGAAAAACAAGAAACAGAACAUUUUAGUCACUGCUCUGGCGUCCUUUUCCAUGGUGGCUAAUACUCGGAGCAUAUUCAGAACAACGGGAGACAAAAUCUCUGGUGACUGCAGCCUGGGAUUCCUGCAUGGCAUGAAGGCCGUCAGUCUCAUCUGGAUAGUUGUUGGGCACUGCUACGUCUCAAACUCGCACGUGUGGUCCCGCAUGGUCAACGUAGUAUUGUACGCCGACGGCUGGACAAGUGUGUUCGCAGGAUUGGGAACUAUCGGCUUCGACAGUCUCUUCUUUCUGACUGGAUUUCUUCUAGCUUACGUCGUGUGCAAACACAAGGGGUCUAGAUUGACCAUUUUUCUGUAUGAAGUCACAAAAAGAUAUAUCAGGACCACAGUGCCCACGUUCUUCGUCAUAAUGUGUCUGUACCUCUUGCCGCUCAUUUCGUCGGGACCGAACGCGAAAGAAUACUUCACCAAGAUCCACAACGACUUGACUGCACACUGGCUGUUUCUACUGUUGCAAGUGCAAAAUUACGCUGUCUCUGCGGACCCCAAUGUUCCGCCAUUUACGUAUUUAUGGUAUGUGUCCCUGGAUUUCCAGUUCUUCCUUCUGUGUCUACUGAUGCUACUUCUGGUGAAAAAUAGGCCACGGCUUGCCGUGACCGUUUUCUUCUUCGUUUCAUUGGUGGGAUGCUCUGUGGCAACAUGGCAAGUGGCCGGGAACGAGAUGACGCCCUUCGUCGUGCCUCUGACCGAAGCGCCAUCGACCUUCCUGAGGACUCGUUCCUACUACUUUUUUUACCCGUACUACCACGCCGUGUGCUGCUUCAGUGGGUGUUUAACGUAUUUCGUUGCGGCGAUCUUCAAGGAAAGAAAAAUACCCAAUGCGUUGCAAAAGGCGGCGUGGUGCUUCGCCAUUGCCAGUGGCUUGUGCUGCAUGUGCAUUAAGGGGCCUUGGUACCGAACCACUGCCCCGACCAACGAAUUAGGCAAGCUGUGCACGGCGUUCUUCGACCGAAUCCUGUGGUCCGUGUUCCUGGCCUGGGUCACUUUCGCAUGUGCCACGGGGCGAGGAGGCUUCGUGACCUCCUUACUCUCUUGGCGCGCCCUUCGUCCCCUCAGCAGGCUGGCCUUUGGCAUGUACGUCGUGCACAUGCCAUUCAUGCAGUUCACUCUGAACAUUUCCAGGGAACGGAUGUUCUUCUCGCACUUCUUCGUGACGUCCUUCGCCAUGGCCGUACUCACCUGGGGCUUUCUUCUUACCUACCUGCUCUACGUGUACUGCGAGGCGCCAGCGUGCAGACUGACGGAGCUCCUCUUCAAGGCUCGGUGUACAAAGAGCGACAGUACAGCCGGUGACGAGCUGCCGAUCGUCUUCGGUUCCGAAGAAACACUGCCGCACAUCGGCGCAACGUUCCACAAGGCCGAAAAGGAAACUGCAACGAAGACGGAUACCAUAAGUGUAUUGGACAGUUUUCAUCGCGGCAACAGUAGUCUCGUAAGCUGCCAUCUAUAGUUUCGUUGUCUGCAGUGGAGUUCCUACCAAUAAAUGCUCAAGAAGCCAUUAUGUACAAAUGUUCUCAUGAGAUAGCCCCAAUUAAAGAAGCCGGAAUUUGAAAGACAGAUGUGUUUUACGGCAUAAAUAAACGUGAAGAAUCAACAA